UGUUCCUAUACUUUUAUCAUUAAAAAGUUAUAUCUGUUCUAUUUUUUAAAUGCUACAAAUACCUAUCCCUGUCUUCUUUCUGAUCUGACCUUGUAAUUUUUUCAUUUUCGAUAACCAAAAUGUGGAGUUAUGUACGUUUCUUACGAACCAUCGAAACCGGAACAGAGUGAUUAGUCACUUUUCCCGUUUUGUUAAUGCCUGACAUUUAUUCUUCUGUUCCACUUCACGGGGAAAGUAAUGAGUAAUCCUAAUAUCUCCGAAACCCACUGCUUGUAAUAGUGUACCAUUCUUUGGGUACACCAAGAGUUUUCGAUGAAACAAGUUGGCUAGUUUUCUAUGCCGACGAAACAACUAAAAAUGGAUGUUCAAUUCUAGAAUUCGGUGGAAACAACGGCUCGAAUUCACAGCGCAAAAAUCUAACAGCUUGAGGAAGCUUCUACACUUAGAAGAGAUAGGCUAUAUGUAAAAAUAACGAGUAACAUGAUGGCUGUGACAUUGUUUAAAGUUUUGGCUGUUUCUGCAAUGGCUUCUGUUCGACUUGGAUUCGUUUCGUUAUUCCCAGCAAAAUAUACGUCUAAGAACACUACGGAAAUCGACGUUCAGGACGAUUUUGAAACUGGGAAACCGUUUACUGAAGAGGAAUUUGAGUCAUCAAGUGUAGGAAAGGAGGACUGUGAGCUAAACGAAGUUAGCGUACGGGAUGGACAGCACGUUCAAUGUGGCAAUGAUAUUACGCUAAUGGGUCGUAAAAAUCUUCUUCUUACCUCGUCGCAUCGUUGGCCAAACGCCCAGAUUCCUUACGUUAUAUCAGCAUCUUAUACACCCAGACAGCGAGAAAUUAUCGCUUCAGCUAUAAAAGCCUACCACACGCACACCUGCAUCCGUUUUGUUGCCCGAACUACUGAGAGAAACUACGUCAGGAUCUCGAAGACUGGCCAGGGGUGCUGGGGUGAUGUGGGAAUGAUUGGCGGUAGGCAAAAAGUGAGCUUGGACGAUCAUUGCGUUUUGUAUUCUAGACCUGGACUUGUCAUGCAUGAAUUGAUGCAUGUACUUGGGUUCUAUCACGAACAUCAACGUCCAGAUCGGGACAAAUAUGUAUCAAUCAAUUUCGAUAACAUUGAACUGAAAAAUAGAGAUUACUUUAAAAAGGUCAAGAUGUGGGAGCUGAAAACCGCAAGAUUUUCUUAUGACUAUGGAUCGUUGAUGCAUUAUCCGUCGGACGCUUUUGCCAAGGAUCCUACUAUUCCAGUCAUUCAACCGCUACAUGGGAAACCUGUUUUAGGUCAACGAAAAACUUUAAGCGCGCUGGACGUCAAGAAAUUAAACCGUUUCUAUUGCAAGGCUUCUGGAUUGUACGGUUUCACUGGUGGUAAGCCUAUCAGACGCUGGGGAUUUCGCAGGCCAGUCUAGUUUUAUUCUAAAUUAUAAUUUUAUUAUAAACUGUAAUACUUAUGCCAUAAAGUAUACUUUAUGUGGUAUAAUUCAUGAGAUUUACUUCAUGCUUAUGCUGUCACAUAUUUAAAUCUUUUUGAUUCAUGGAAUAUAAAAAAUUGUAAGAAUUUAA